AUGAGUAGAACCCAAUUUGAUCAGAUGUUGAAGCAUCGGAAUGAUGCGGCUUGCCUUGCGAAAGGGUUCUACACUUAUGAUGCUUUCGUAUCUGCAGCCAAGUCAUUUGGAGCUUUUGGAACAACUGGUGCUACAGACAUUCGUAAGAGAGAAAUUGCUGCCUUUUUGGCACAAACAUCCCAUGAAACCACAGGUAUAAUGUUUCUUACAGUAAUGUUCGCAACCAUGUGCUGACCCACAUGUUAAUAAGAUAGGAGUAAUGCUAUUGGGACCUAUAAUUUGCUACCAUAAUGAUUUUUUGCUUCUGAUUCAACUUUUAUUUUCCUUAAAAUUCUAAUUUAAUUAACCCGGUCUUUGUUUUUGAUAUCGUGUUUGAUCAGUCCAGUAUUACUCUAUGCUACUUAGGCUCUCCUGUAUGUUCGAAAAAUGACAUGCAAGGCCACAAUGCACCAGGGGAGGAGAUAAUUAGUGAUACAUAUAAAGGAGUUAAACCUUAAUGCCCCGUUUGGUAUGAUGACAAAAUGGAAGAAUGAAAAAUUAGAAGGAUAGAAAAUUAGAUGAAUAAAUAAAAUAUCAUGUUUUGUAAGGAAAGAAAAUAGUAAGGAUGAAAAGGUUGAUGAAUUAACUUUUCUUUCAACUUACCAAAUCAUUCCCUCCAAAAUCGGAAAGAAAAUGGAUAGAAAGUUAAUUAUUUGUAUUUAGAUGUAUCUUAUUUGUCUAUAUAUAAUGUAUACAUUAAUUUCAUAUAAAAAUACAAUAAUAAAAUAUGUAUAUAUAUAUACUUUUUAAAAAUUUAAAAAUAAAAAAAUAUUUUAAAUUAAAAAAAAUAUUUUUUUUUCAUAUUUUAGGGAUGAAAAUUUUCUAUUCAACACGAUGACAUGAUUGGAAUUGGACACGAAUUUUAUGACACGAAUUUGAUAAUAACUCGACACGAAUUUGAAAUUGACUUGUUACGCGAGUAAGAAAUAUAAAAAACUUAUAAUAACACAAAUCUGACACGACAUGACUCGAUUGUCACCUUAAAUAUGUAUAAAAUUUUAUUAUCGCUUAAUCAAACUUUUGAUCAUAUUUUUUCUCUAAAUUAAAAAUUAAUUUAAUAAAUAUAAUAUUAAAAAUGAAUAAAAAUAUAUAUUUUUUUGGUACACAAAUUAGGUCUCUACUUGAUAAAAUAUAAUAAAAAUUAACAUUUUAUUCUUAUAAUACUAUUUAAAUGUAUUGAUCGUAUUUGAUACUAAUCCAACUCAUUUAUUAUUCGUAUUAACGACUCGUGUCAUAUACGGGUUCGUAUCGAGAAAUAGUUAACCUUAACAUGUUAAUUUUGUGUCAAUUUCAAGUCAUGUUUUCGUGUUGUGUCAGAAAUUGUCACUCUAUACUUGUGCAGAGACGAACCAUUAAAUUUUUGACUGAAUGAUCACGUGUUGAGCACAUGAUACCGUCUAAAAAAAUGAGACGUGAUCAUUUUCGUAAAAAAACUUGAUAGAUUGUCUGAUUAAAAACUAAAGUGACACGAAUUUGAAUAUUUUAAGAAUCAAAUUAAUAAAAUUAAUAUAAUAAAAAUUAAAUUAACAAAAAAUUUAUGGAACCAAAAAUACUUAUCAAUCCUUUUCUUUACCAUAGUACUCGGGGUGUUUUUAACUGGUAAUACAAGAACGAUUUGAUGGAAAGCUUGAGAAGCAGCCUCUAGACACCGAUUGGGAUCUUGACUGUUUUUAAACAGUAAUACAUGUGUCUUAUUCAACACGUAAGGCGACAAAAACCCUUAUCGUCCCGCCUAACUUAUCCAAAAGGUGCAUUCUCUUUACCGCAAUCAUCUCCACAAAUAUCCUACAAAUAUCACUAUUGAUUAAGCUCGUGAGAAAAUUCAAAGAUGCGAAAGGAUGAUUAAGUUAUUAUGAUCAGUAAAUAUGACUUUUGAAAUUCAAGAAAUAACAGUUCUCAUGACUUGGGCAUCAGUAGUAGUAGUUUUUGUAUUAGCUUAGGAUUGAUUUUAGUAUUAUAAUUAAGGUUGUAUCAAGUUUUCUUGCAAAGAAUUGAAUUUUCUUGCAAAGAAUUGCUACAACCAAAGGCCUUUUGCUUAGGCAUUUAAAGGACCGAUCGGGCUGUCUUGAGAGUCACUGAUAGGAGAAUAAGAUGUUUCAUACAUGCUUGUAAUGUAAUGAAGCAGUAAUAA